CAUGCCCUGGCUCUGAAGUUACAACAUGAUUGGCGACGAAGAUGGGAUCCAGACAGCAGGAAAAACAGCAGCUGUUCGGGGUGGUGCCAUGCUCGGAAAGCUUCCAGAGUUCGAUCCGGACGGUGACAACUGCGAUGUUUUCUUCGAGCGAUUUGAGUGUUUUGCAGCUGCUAACGACAUCGCAGAGGAUAAGAAGUUGCAAGUGCUAUUGACGUCCAUCGGGGAGAAGGCAUACGUCACGCUGAGGAGCCUUCUUCUGCCGAAAACGCCUACCCAGGAGACGUAUGACGUGGUCAUCGCAACGCUGAAAAAGCACUAUACCCCAAAGUGCUCCGUGGUUACGGAAAGAUACCGUUUUAACCAACGCAAUCAAGAACCGCACGAAAGCAUCAGCGACUUCAUAGUAGGACUCAAGAAACUGGCUGCAACAUGUGAGUUCGGCACAUUUCUUGAGCAAGCCCUGCGAGAUCGUCUCAUCGCGGGAUUGUGUUCCGACAGCAUACGGUGCAGGCUUCUGGCGACACCUGAUGCAGAAUUAACCUGGGAGCGCACCUGCAGCAUUGUAGCAGCCAUGGAAUCUGCUACUAGAGGCACUCGGGAAAUGGUGGCGACCCUCGCAACAGGGACCCCCGUCGACAGCGACGUUCACUGGAACAAGGAAACGGCAGCUGGACAACGGCCAGCACCCGCUGGGGACUACGCACGGAGUUUCAUGCCGAAAACCACUCCAGCUGCAGGUACACAAGAGACUAAGGGGUGUCAUCGUUGCGGUGGGCGGCACUCUCCUGUAAGUUGUCCGUUCAUGAACAGCCGUUGUUUUAAAUGUAACAAGAAAGGCCAUGUAGCCAAAAUGUGUAAAACUAGGGCGCCUAUUCAUUGCCUGGCUAAUGAUGCAACGCGUGAUGAGUUGUUGACACUGUGUCACACAGACCGUAGGUCGGGCACGCCUGCCAUUGUGGUGCCGUUGCUGAUAAACGGAAAAAAGAUUUCGAUGGAGCUAGAUACAGGCGCAGCCGUAUCGGUAAUGUGUGAAACAGAAUGUUUAAAACAUUUUCCCGAUGCAAGUUUCAGGGAAACAGAUGUUAGGCUAGUCACCUACAAUGGCACGCCUGUCACGGUCAAAGGUAUUAUGGAUGUUGAUGUAGAGUACCAGAGCCAACACGUUCGCUUGCCACUAGUGAUUGCUAAGGAUAGCACAGGGGCUAGAAUGCCAACAUUAUUAGGGCGGGAGUGGCUAACGAAAAUAAAACUCGACUGGCUGAAUGUGGUACGGGUGCAGAACGUACGGGAAGAAGCACAGAUAACUGAUAAGUACCGCGAGGUAUUUCAACCAGGAUACGGGGCCAUUAAAGGGUUUCACGCUAGUAUUGUGCUUAAGAAAGGCGCUACUCCUGUUUUUUGUAAAGCGAGACCAGUGCCAUACGCGUUACGCGAGCAGGUAGAACAAGAGCUGCUUAAUAUGGAGAAGGCAGGCAUUGUGUACCGCGUGAGGCACAGUGCUUGGGCCACCCCACUGGUGGUUGUGCCGAAAAAGAAUAAUGGCAUUCGACUGUGCGGGGAUUACCGGGUCACCGUCAAUCCUUUCGUGGUAGUUGACCAUUACCCUCUACCGCUGCCUGAAGAUAUAUUCACCACGUUGCAAGGUGGAGCUGUGUUUUCAGUUCUCGACCUGAGUAAGGCGUAUCUGCAACUGGAAUUAGAUGAGCACGCUCAGGAACUGCUCACCAUUAACACGCAUAUGGGCCUUUUCCGGUACAGGCGCCUACCCUAUGGUGUAGCCUGUGCACCAGCCGCAUUUCAGGCGGUAAUGGACCAAGUCCUGAGGGGCUUGCAAGGCACGGCUUGCUAUCUUGACGAUGUCAUCAUAGCGGGAGUUAGCUACGAGCAGUGUCGUGAAAGAGUCACCGUAGUAUAG